AGGGCGACGGGAGCCAUCCAGAGCCGCUGGUACUCGGAAUUGGAGACGGCGAACCGGUGACCAGCGGCGGGCUUUGCCCGCUUCGGCCGUUCGCUCUGGGUUCCCACGAUGUUCUUCUACCUGAGCAAGAAAAUUUCCAUUCCCAAUAAUGUGAAGCUAAAAUGCAUAUCCUGGAACAAGGACCAAGGGUUCAUAGCGUGUGGUGGUGAAGAUGGAUUACUGAAAGUUUUGAAAUUAGAGACACAGACAGAUGAUGCAAAAUUGAGGGGUCUUGCUGCCCCUAGUAAUCUUUCUAUGAAUCAGACUCUUGAAGGUCAUAGUGGUUCUGUUCAAGUUGUAACAUGGAAUGAACAGUAUCAGAAAUUGACCACCAGUGAUCAAAAUGGGCUUAUCAUUGUCUGGAUGUUAUAUAAAGGCUCUUGGUAUGAGGAAAUGAUCAACAAUCGGAAUAAAUCAGUGGUUCGAAGUAUGAGUUGGAAUGCUGAUGGACAGAAGAUCUGCAUUGUGUAUGAAGAUGGGGCUGUGAUAGUGGGUUCAGUGGAUGGCAAUCGUAUUUGGGGAAAAGACCUGAAGGGUGUACAGUUGUGCCAUGUAGCAUGGUCAUCAGAUAGUAAAAUCUUACUUUUUGGAAUGGCAAAUGGUGAAAUACACAUUUAUGAUAAUCAAGGAAAUUUUAUAAUGAAAAUGAAGCUGAAAUGUUUGGUAAACGUCACUGGAGCAAUCAGCAUUGCGGGAAUUCAUUGGUACUAUGGCACAGAGGGCUAUGUGGAGCCCGAUUGCCCUUGCCUUGCUAUUUGUUUUGACAAUGGGAGAUGCCAAAUAAUGAAACACGAGAAUGACCAAAAUCCAGUUUUGAUUGAUACUGGCAUGUAUGUGGUCAGUGUCCAGUGGAACCAAACUGGCAGUGUGUUAGCCGUGGCAGGCUCUCAGAAAGCAGUCACUCAGGAUAAAGAUGUUAACACGGUGCAGUUUUACACUCCAUUUGGUGAGCAUUUGGGCACUUUGAAAGUUCCUGGAAAGCAGAUGUCUGCACUAUCUUGGGAAGGAGAUGGACUGAAAAUUGCACUAACUGUUGAUUCCUUUAUAUAUUUUGCGAACAUUCGGCCCGAUUAUAAGUGGGGCUAUUGUUCAAAUACUGUGGUGUAUGCAUAUACCAGACCAGAUCGUCCUGAGUACUGUGUUGUCUUUUGGGACACUAAAAACAAUGAGAAAUAUGUUAAAUAUGUGAAGAGUAUCAUUUCCAUUACCACUUGUGGCGAUUUCUGCAUUUUGGCUACAAAAGCUGAUGAAAGUCAUCCUCAGUUUGUGCUAGUUCUUUGUAAUUCUAUUGGCACACCCUUGGAUCCCAAAUACAUUGAUAUUGUGCCCUUAUUUGUUGCAAUGACCAAAACUCACGUGAUAGCAGCUUCGAAAGAAGCAUUUUAUAUUUGGCAAUAUCGUGUGGCAAAGAAGCUCACAGCACUGGAAAUUAAUCAGAUAACGCGAUCCCGGAAAGAAGGAAGAGAAAGAAUUUAUCAUGUUGAUGAUACUCCUUCUGGAUCAGUGGAUGGGGUCCUUGAUUAUAGCAAAGCCAUUCAAGGCACAAGAGAUCCAAUUUGUGCCAUAACUGCAUCUGAUAAGACACUCAUUGUGGGUCGUGAGUCUGGCACCAUUCAGAGAUACAGUCUUCCUAAUGUUGGUUUGAUUCAAAAAUAUUCCCUUAAUUGUCGAGCCUACCAGUUAUCCUUAAAUUGCAACUCUAGUCGUCUUGCUAUCAUAGACAUCUCAGGAGUUCUAGUGUUCUUUGACUUGGACACUCGGGUAACAGACAGUACAGGACAGCAAGUAGUCGGCGAGCUGUUAAAAUUGGAGAGGAAAGAUGUCUGGGAUAUGAAGUGGGCCAAGGAUAAUCCUGAUUUGUUUGCAAUGAUGGAGAAGACAAGAAUGUAUGUUUUCAGAAACUUGGAUCCUGAGGAACCCAUUCAGACCUCUGGAUAUAUUUGUAACUUUGAGGAUUUAGAAAUCAAAUCUGUCCUGUUGGAUGAGAUAUUAAAGAAUCCAGAACAUCCAAACAAGGAUUAUAUAAUUAACUUUGAGAUUCGGUCUCUUCGAGAUAGUCGAGCAUUAAUUGAGAAGGUUGGAAUUGAAGAUGCAUCUCAGUUCAUAGAGGACAAUCCACACCCCCGACUUUGGCGAUUACUGGCUGAAGCAGCUCUUCAGAAACUGGAUUUGCCCACUGCAGAGCAAGCAUUUGUGCGCUGCAAAGAUUACCAAGGCAUUAAGUUUGUGAAGCGCCUGGGAAAUCUGCAGAGUGAGUCAAUGAAGCAGGCGGAAGUGGUGGCCUACUUUGGUAGGUUUGAAGAGGCUGAAAGAAUGUAUCUUGAUAUGGACAGAAGAGAUCUCGCUAUUGGCCUCCGACUGAAAUUAGGAGAUUGGUUUAGAGUACUCCAGCUCUUGAAAACUGGAUCUGGUGAUGCAGAUGACAGUCUCCUUGAACAAGCCCACAGUGCCAUUGGAGACUACUUUGCUGAUCGACAAAAGUGGUUGAAUGCUGUACAAUAUUAUGUACAAGGCCGGAACCAGGAACGCUUAGCUGAAUGUUAUUUUAUGUUAGAAGAUUAUGAGGGAUUGGAGAAUCUUGUCAAUUCACUUCCGGAAAACCACAAGUUGCUUCCAGAAAUAGCACAAAUGUUUCAGAGAGUUGGAAUGUGUGAACAAGCAGUGACUGCGUUUUUGAAAUGUAAUCAACCAAAGGCAGCUGUAGAUACCUGCAUACAUCUGAACCAAUGGAACAAAGCUGUUGAAUUAGCUAAAAGCCAUAAUAUGAAAGAAAUUGGAUCUCUAUUAGCUAGGUAUGCAUCUCACUUACUGGAAAAGAAUAAAAUUCUUGAUGCUAUAGAACUUUAUCGGAAAGCCAGUUUCUUUUUUGAUGCUGCUAAACUGAUGUUUAAGAUUGCCGAUGAAGAGGCAAAGAAAGGAAGUAAACCUUUACGUGUGAAGAAGCUCUAUGUACUGUCAGCCUUACUUAUAGAGCAGUACCAUGAGCAGAUGAAGAGUGCCCAGCGAGGAAAAGUGAAAGGGAAGAAUUCAGAGGCCACUUCUGCUUUGGCUGGUUUGCUGGAAGAGGAAGUUCUGUCUACAACUAGUCGCUUCACAGACAAUGCCUGGAGAGGGGCUGAGGCUUACCACUUCUUUAUCCUUGCGCAAAGGCAGCUCUACGAGGGCUAUGUUGACACUGCACUGAAGACAGCUCUUCACCUGAGAGACUAUGAAGACAUCAUCCCUGCAGUUGAGAUAUACUCUCUGUUAGCACUCUGUGCGUGUGCCAGUAGAGCUUUUGGUACUUGUUCCAAAGCUUUCAUUAAACUUGAAUCAUUAGAGACUCUCAGUUCGGAACAGAAACAGCAAUAUGAAGACCUCGCUCUAGAAAUCUUCACCAAACAUAAUCCAAAAGAUAACAGAAAAUCAGAACUGGACAGCCUUCUUGAAGGGGGAGAAGGGAAAUUGCCAACAUGCGUUGCCACAGGAAGCCCAAUCACUGAGUAUCAGUUCUGGAUGUGUGCUGUGUGCAAGCACUGUGUUCUUGCUCAGGAAAUCAGCAACUACAACUUCUGUCCCUUAUGCCAUAGUUCAGUGGGAUAACAGAAAGACGAAUGUAUAUAAUUUUAAAAAUACAUGUAACAUAUAAAGCUCUAACUGUAUAUAUAAAAUAAGGUUUCUUUUCUAUAAGUUUUAUAUGAAAAUAAGCUUCAUUUUUUUAUAGUUGGAUUUUUGUACAAAAUUUAUGUAAUAAAAUAGCUUUUAUGCAGAGGUACAACUGUGAAAUAAUAAGGUUAACUUUCAUGUAAAACUUAUGCAAGUCAGUCUUAUUUUUUUCCUAUCUCUAUUGCUAUCAUUUAUUUAUCUCAUGGUUGGUUACAUGAUCCUAUGGCAACAUUCCAAAUAAGAAAUAUUUUUUCUCCCCAUGCCAA